AUGUUGAUCAAGGUUGAUGAAGUGAUCAAGGUUGAUGAAGUGAUCAAGGUUGAUGAAGUGAUCAAGGUUGAUGAAGUGAUCAAGGUUGAUGAAGUGAUCAAGGUUGAUGAAGUGAUCAAGGUUGAUGAAGUGAUCAAGGUUGAUGAAGUGAUCAAGGUUGAUGAAGUGAUCAAGGUUGAUGAAGUGAUCAAGGUUGAUGAAGGUUGA